AUGGCUGAAAAAUUAACUGAUUUUGCUAGUCGAUUAUCAAGCGGAGUACCAAAAGGUUUAGGUCUAGGUGUUAAACUACUCGUUGGAGCAUCAGCAGCUGUUUAUGGUGUCUAUCGGUCUAUGUUUACUGUUGAAGGUGGCCAUCGUGCAAUUAUUUUCAAUCGUAUAGGUGGUGUCGAUCUAAAUACAAUUCAUUCCGAAGGAUUACAUUUUAGAGUUCCAUGGUUUCAAUAUCCAAUUUUAUAUGAUAUUCGUGCUCGGCCACGUAUUAUUAAAUCACCAACUGGCAGCAAAGACUUGCAAAUGGUUACAAUUGCUCUUCGAGUUUUAGCUCGACCAGAUCAAUCAAAAUUACCAAAAUUAUAUCAAUCAUUAGGUUUAGACUGGGACGAACGUGUAUUACCAUCAAUAUGUAAUGAAGUAUUGAAAGGUGUCGUUGCUAAAUUUAAUGCAUCUCAAUUGAUAACACAACGACAACAAGUAUCGAAUUUAAUUCGUCUUGAUCUUAUUGAACGCGCUAAAGAUUUCGAUAUAUUACUUGAUGAUGUGUCCAUCACUGAACUUAGUUUUAGUCCACAAUAUUCAGCUGCUGUUGAAGCUAAACAAGUUGCUCAACAAGAAGCGCAACGAGCAGUAUUUACUGUUGAACAAGCUAAACAGGAGCGACAACAAAAGAUUGUCUUAGCUGAGGGUGACGCUGAAUCCGCUAAACUUAUUGGAAAUGCUAUCAGUAAAAAUCCCGGUUAUUUAAAAUUACGUAGGAUUCGCGCUGCACAAACGAUAGCAAAAACGCUUUCACUCAGUUCAAAUCGUGCAUUUCUUGAUGCUCAAGCCUUGAUGAUCAAUAUUGCCGAUCCAAGAUUCGAUGAUAUUGCCAACAUCGAUCGAAAACGUCGAUAG